AUGCAGCAAGGAACCUUGACCCAGAAUUCGGAAGGUCCCUUUGCAGAUGGGCUAGGCGAAUUCGCUACGUUGUACGGGGAGUUACAAUGGGACCACAGACGACCCUCGAAGCUCGCCACAACGACUGUUCAGGAGCUGGACGCCGCUCCACCAUCACCUCCAUCAAAUGAUCGACCCACAACAGCGUCAAGAUUCGCAAACGCAUCUUACGACUUAGCUGCGCAUGUACCACAGUACAAGAAACAUGCGGAAGGCCUGCAGCUCGCGGAGAAGGCGCCUCCUCGAGGCUCUUCGCUAGGAUACUCAACAGACUUGAUUCUCGACGAGCGUUUUCCAAGGCCACCUAUGGGACAUUCAGCAUCGUCACCUAGCACAUUAUUGAUUCCGCUUUCCCCGGAAAGUCAUGCGAGUCAGAAUGUCUCACAACAUGCGCCCCAGACACCAACACUGUCUCCACACUCGCGUUCAAGUUUUCCGGAUGUUCCGUCACCUCUGAGCUUCAACAGGGCUACUACAGUUCCUAUGACGCCGCCAAUGUCGAAUUCAGGUAGCAGCGAAGGCGGCAUCCGCGAUUCGAUGGCCUCGCUUAACCUAGGUGGACUACAGCCUGCACCUCUUCGAUUACCAAUGAGUGCGGCGAAUCUUCCACCCGCGACACUCUCUCGCAUGGGUACUGUAAGCAGUACAACGAGUAGCAGCGUUUCUUCAGUACGAAUGCGCUCACCAUCUGCGUACUCUCCAAGUAGUCCCUUCCCAAGGCCCAGAUUUUCGGUAGCUGCUUCCACUACAGGCGCGUACGAGAAUGAGGCACCCGACAUGACGUCAGACCAAGCUAAAGCCGAGAUCGCGCGCCGCAUUGAGAAGAGAGAUGUCACUUCAAGUAGGAAAGCUUCGGCAAGUUCGUCAAUUCUCAAAGGCUUUUCCAUGAAAAGAUCGAACACAGCAAGUACAUCCGGCGGAGGACCUUCUUCAGAGAUCUUGAAUCAGAUUCUGGAAGAGGUUGCCCAGGAAGGCAGUUUGUCUUUAGUGAAAGCCGUAGUAACGAUGGGGGCGGAUCCAGCAAGCAAAACAAAAAAAGCUAAGCAUGAAGCUUUAGCCAAGGCGACAGCGGCAGGGCAUACGCGGGUCGUGGACUUUCUGCUUCGCAAUGGUGCAAGCUAUGGCGAAGUUCGUCUAAAAGUCAGAUUUACCCCCACAGAUUAUGCACUUCUAUCAGCUGCCUACAAAAGCUACGCAGAGCUUUCCAGCUGUCUCAUUGCAUCUCACGGAGCGAAUCCUAUGACUGAGCAAUGGCCACGAGAGAUCGAGGAAACGCAACAUUACUGGGCAGAAACUCAAGUACGCCUUCCAAAAUCGAGUGUUCUGGACGGGAUAUCGCGUUGGACCAACGUAGAUGACGGCAUGAGCGUGAUGAAGUUUAUCAUGGGUAGCUCGAGAUUUGAUCCCACCGCUCUUGUCUGUGGCUUAUUCGACAGCAAAAGUGAGCUACAGUCUGCCAGUUAUCAACAUCGCCCUUGGAGAACCACGUAUGAGAUCUCGGCGCUCGCUUGCUUUGCGGGCGCCGGCUGGGCUGAUACGGUUGAAGAUAUGCUGGCUUUGAGAGGUGCACCGAAGGACUACGAAAAGGAGGACGAUAUCCAGCAGCACCAAGAGAAGAAGACCCGCUUUGUGUCACCAAUCAAUGCAAUGACAAAGGAGACGUGGCAGAAGAGACCAGAGGAUGCAAUCCGCAUACUACACUUGCUAAUUGAGAGAGGAUUUGACUUCAGUCACGCCCAGCGGACACAGAACGAUGCUGGGUUGAGAACGCCACUUGGUAGAGCGAUUUCCGCAGAUGCGGCACAGGCGGUGGAGCUGAUCCUCCAGCACAAGCCAACGCUGAUCAGAGAAGAGCUAUACUUCAGGCGCAACAAGAAAGAGACCAAAGCUUUACCAUUUGUUAUUGCUCUUGCGUUGGACAGACUGGAGGUCUCCAGAGUUCUGCUUCGAUCCGGCGCCCACCCCCGAGAUCCUGCUAUCGAAGACAUGAAUAUCUUGCAAUUCGCAGCAACACUCGACAUUGCAAUCAAGCGCAACAACAAGAACAACGUGCGCGUACUCCUCGAUUUUAUCUCUACAGCUGCCACCCGUGGCGAAAUCGCCGCUCUGCCACCCGCGUAUGACUCGAUUUUGCUCUGUACAGAUACCGAUAAAGAUGUCGAAACCAAGUUCAGGUACGCUGAACUCAUCGACAUGGUUUAUCAGUGGGAUGCCGGUGGUGCUUUACAUCGUCCAAGACUGCCAUCAAUCCUCAAUGCGAUUCGAAAAGACAACUAUGCUGGAGUCGAGAAGCUCAUUCAAGUAGGGAUCAUAGAUGGCAAGUCCCUGGUCCUGAACAGCAGAGCGCGACCUGUUGGUGAGUCCGGUGAGUGGACGGUGCUCGAGUGCUGCGAGACGACGAAACGAACCUCAGAUUGGCUUGCUUUGUUGAGAUAUCAUGGUGCACCGCUGUACUAAAAGCCCACUGGUUGAUCGGUUUUACUCAUUUCGUGAGAUGGUGUCUCGGCGUUUACAUUUUAGCGUUGUAUUGGCAAGAUACUGUUACUGUCAAGAUCACGAUAUGCAGUUUCUAAAUCCUGCUUGCUCCCUUCUUUUGUUAGAUGUCUAAUACCAAGUUCCUCA